UGCUUUUAUGACAGGCGUCUUAUUCUGUGGCGUCUAUAGGAGUUCCGCGUUUGGUCUCCUUAUCUCUUAUCUUCAUGGUCUACCCCCAACAAUUGGUAUUUGGUAAACAGUAAACACACAUAUAUAUAUAUAUAAUAGUUAUUAUAUAAUAUAUAUAUCAUCGGUGAGUAAACAACAUUUUGAAAUUCAAUAUCAGGAUUCAAAUAAUUAACUGCCGUCUACCAAGUACAAAUUGUUACUGACUCUAAGUGGUUAUAACCGUUGUCUAUAGACUCUUCUAUUGUAAUAUAUUCAUUAAAUAGUAAUUACGUUUGUCUUUUAGUGAAUACUGAUUACUGACUACAACUGUCUAGUCGUAAAGUUGAAAGUUUGUAAGACGUAACUCGUUGUGCAAUUGUUUCUUUUAAAGAUAUUAAAUUUUUUUUUUAAAUUGUACCUAAAAUCUAAUUAAUGAAGUUUUAAUUUUUAUGGUAAUCUGUAAAUAAUAUAAUUAAUGAUUUUCUCGUACUACAAUAUGGUUGGUUAACCUUGCGUAUUUUAUUUGAUUAUUUGAAUCUUGUCGUCAAUCGUUAUCUUAAAUCUAUUUUUCAAUAUCUUGGUUCAUACUCAAAACGAUAUAGACAUGUCAGCAAGUAGCACUUCAUCUUGGUCAGACAAAAGUGAACAAAAAGUUUUCAAAUGUAGCGCAAAAGCGGCAACAAAACACCCAUUUUCCAUACUCAUGAUUGGCAAUACCAACUGGAGUACUCAAUUGACAGAAGCAUUGGUUGAAUAUCAUGAAAACAACCAUAUUUCUAAAAUUCAAGUGCACAGGGCACACAGUGUAAAAUCAGCACUUUCUACCCUGUCCAAUGUAUAUGCAGAUCUUGUAAUUAUUUUGUUGGACAUAAGUAAGAAUGAUUGUUUAGUUGAUGUAGAAGUUAAUUUAUUAGCUCUGGAACCAGCAUUAUUAUGUGGUAGAACCAUUUUAGUUAACCCAAUAAACAGUAUUAAGCGAAAAGAUAUGGGAAUUUCUUAUGAAAAUAUUGACAGUCUUAAAAGAAAAUAUAACUUACUUAUUAUACAUGGAAAUAUAGAGGAUUACAUAAGUAGAAUGUUUUUAGCAAGAAGAAUUAUGGUUUAUUCCUACAAAAUCAAUAAAAACGGCUUACCAAAUAUUUUGGAGUUUAAUUCAGUUGAUAUGUAGACUAGUAAUCUAGUUUUUUGUAUAUAAUUUAUAAGUGCAUUACAAAUAAAACAUUUAUGUAAAUAUAUAUAAA